ACCGGCACCGGCCCCGGCCCCGGCGGGAGGCGCACGGCUCGGCGGCCGCCGGAAUUGUGGCUGAGCCAGAGACGAUGACUGCAGAGAGUGCCGAAUCCAACGGGCCUAUGCGGGAGCCGGAGCACGGAGGGCCCAAGGUGCCAGUGCCCCCCGUCCCACCGCGGCGCCGCCGCCGCCUGCGGCACAAGCCCCUGACGGAGCCCUCGCUGAAAGGGCAGCUCCGCAUGCGCUCACCCGCGGGGGCCUUCCUCAUGGUGGGCAUCUCAGUGGUCCUGGUGGGCAUGACCAUUGCCGUGGUGGGCUACUGGCCUCACCGGGGACAUGGGGGCACUGGGGCCGGCGCGGGGAACACUAGCGUGGUGGGGGACAUGAGGAGGGAGGUGGUGGCCGGGCGCCACAUGCCCCACAGCGAGAGGCUGAAGCUGAUCGGCCCUGUCAUCAUGGGCAUUGGGCUCUUCAUCUUCAUCUGCGCCAACACAAUGCUGUACGAGAACAGGGACAUGGAGACCCGGCAGCUGAUGCAGAAGGGGCUCUACAGCCUGGCGGUGGGGCUGCCUGAGGGGACCAGGCCCGAGGAUGGGCACUGCCAGCACGGGGACAGCCAGCCCAAGGCCUUCCCCAGGGCCAAUGCUGAGUGCGUGGAGGGCUGUUACCAGGUGGACCUGUCCUGUCAGCCCAGCCCCAGCCCUGGCAGGAUGUGGUCUGACUGCUACGUCUCCAACCGGCUCCAGGCCAUGGCCGAGUUCCUGCAGCACCCGGCAGCUUCCCCUGCCACCUCUCUCCGCAGCCUCCGCUCCACCGAGGUCAACCUGAGCCUUCCGCGCCAUGCCGGAGCCGAGUCCCUCCUGUCCUCGGCCGUGGGGGCCUUGACACUGCCUAUCAUCAAACUCAACAACUGCUUGCUGGACGGGGCAGCACGGGGGGCUGGGGUGAGGUCAGAGAAGGGCCCUGCUGGGCAUCCCCCCAAAACAUCACAGCUCUCCCGGGCUCCACUUUCCGUCGGUGACAGCACCGCACCCUGCAGCCAGGAUGGUGGUGGUGGUGGUGGUGGUGGCAGUGGCCACGUUGUCAUCAACAUGGAUGACGUGGGUGACAGCUGUCGCGGCGCAGAGCCACUGGUGGGGCUCAGGCCCCACGUGCACCUCCACACCCCGGGACACUCCAGAUCCCUGGACCUUGGCCGGCCAGGGGUGCUGCUGUUGGCCCCCAUCAAGGACCGUAAGAACCGGAGCUGGCCCCGGCUGGACCACGUCAGCCUUGUGGGCUACGCCAAGCUGGAAAGUACCGGCGAGUCCUCAGACCAGCUGCUGGAGCCCAGCGAGCCCCCAAGCCAGGGCGAGCCCCUGCCCAGCUCCUGGGUGCUGGGGAUGGAGCAGGGCACACGGGUCUGAUGACCCCAGCACCUUUGGGGACUGUAACAUCCCAGUUCCUCAUCCAGGCCCCCAGCACCCACCAGCCACCCCAAAACCCCACAUCCAGGAGGGGUUUUGGGGGCAGCAUUUUUAAGCCAAUGCCAAGAGGAAGGUCCUGACCCUCUGCUCCUGGGUGAGGACUCGCCCAGGUGGGAUGUCCUUCCAGGUGGAUGCCCUUGGCCUUACAAAACCUUCUCCUGGUAACUUUUCCAGAGGAGUCCUCACUUUGAGACCCCACACAAAUUGUGGGAUAGGGAUGUGGGGGCAGGUGAAUUCCCACCAGCCCCCACAGCGCUGUAUCUCAGAAGUUUGGGGUAGGGAGAUGCUUUGGGGGGUGGUGUCCCCUUGUCCAGCCUCAACCCACCAGAAAAUUUGCUUGGCCAGAGCACGUAGGCCCAACAGGGCUAUUAAAUAUUAUCUGGAUGCCAUGUGGUCCUGCCUUGCCUCCUGCUCUUGCCUGUGGGAUGCAUGGGAGGGGCGGCGCCUGCAGCGGUCUGUCCAGAGGGUCUGUGAGACCUUGGGCUCCCACCUGGACUCACUGGAGAAGGGAUGCUCCAUAACCAGCUGCUCAGCAUUCAGAGGAUGAGGUGAUGAGUGCAAGGUUUGGGAUUUUUAUGGAGAUAAGGGAUGUAAAAGGUAUCCAAGGAAUUGCAGGCAGUGAGCAAGGUGCUGCUGCCCACCUGGGGUGCAGCAAUUCUGAGAGCUUCUCAGUGGAUCUGGGUUUGUUUGUGCUGGGUUUUGGUGGGAUGGAGGAUGCAGGUGGUGGGAGGAAGGAUGUGAAGGGGCAGAGAGGUAGGGGAAUAUCAGUGCUGGUUUUGCCAGGUCCAGUUAGUGCUGUUCUGUUCUUUGGUGCCUGUUGGAUGCAGAGCAGGAGCUGUAUGGGAUGAGGCCAGAGAGGCAGCCUCAGCACUGGGGUAGAUUCCUGGAGAAAAGGGAGUUAAUCCCGUCCCUUCUUACUCCUUCCAGCUCCCUCUUGGGCAGGAGGAGCCCCAGAAUGCCAAGGCAUGUGGAAGGAUGGAUUGGAGCUAGGACAGCUCUGCUCUCCACAGCUCGGGAGGCCUCCAAAUGGCUGUGGCAGCCUAGGUGGGAUUUUUGCCUUUUGCCUUCCCAAAACCAGGGCCUCUUGGGAUGGCUGAAAUCUCUUUUAUCUGUAUUAAAUGUUUGGGGGUGGGGGGUGAGGGGGUUAUUCCUGUCUCUGCUUUGCCCUCUCUGGUCUGAAGUGAGCACAGAGUGUCAGACCUUGCAAACUUUGGGAGCAACAUCCCUCUUCAGAUCAAAACAUCCCAGUAAAAUCAUUUGGAAAUUGCUUUUUCUACCCCAGCUGCCUCUUCUCUCAAAAAGCAGCCCCCCACAAUGCUUUGAUGGGGAGGGUUCUGCUUUACAGGUAAAAGCUGUCCCUGUUUCCAGUGCCAGCCCUCCCAGAGAGCUUGGGUACAGCUUUCCCCAUGCAGGGACCAGAGAUGGGACCCACAGCUGCGGUUUGGGCCCAGUUGCAUCCCAGACAAUCCUCUGGGAGUGAUACUAGCCCAAGCUCAGCUAUUUAUUUGGCUGCUUAAUCUCAAGAUUAUUUAGGCACUGAUUCAAUGCAAUAAACAACAACCAGAAAAAGUCACCGUUGGGGGCUACACUGGAGCAGCAUCACAGGGGAAGCGCCAGAAGGUUGUUUUUGUCCCAAAAUAACUUUUUGCUUGGGCUUAACCAUCUGUAGCCAGAGCUAAUGCCAGGCCCUGGGCCAUGCUUUGGGAACUGGCAGCAAGAAAUUGGAGCCCAAAAUGCCACAAGGAGCUGCAUGAGAAACUACUGGGUGUGCUUGUUUUAAUUUUUCCCCUUCGUUUUCUGGUUAAGGCUCAGUCUAACUGUGGGAAAUGGUUGGACCACAGGGCAAUCUGCAUGAACCAUGUGUCUCCAUCAUCAUCCUCCUUCCCCAUCCUCCUUCCCAGCUCAGCAGCAUCCUCCAGGGCAGGCAUUUCUGAGUCACACAGGGAUAAUUUCAAAAUGCAAAGCAGCUUGAUUAAUUACUGUGCCUUCUCCUGGGAAGAGCAGCAUCUGUGCAUCCCUCACCUUCAGCUCCAUCCAUGGACACUGUUCCCAGAGUAUUUGUGGGAUAUUAGCAGUGCUGGUUUCAGUGGAUGAAUGCCAUGUGUGCUGUGCUCACAGGGUUCUGGGAAUGACCUGGGCAGGGUGAGGUUAGAAACAGAAAGUAAAAGAGAAAGUAAAAAUGUACACCCGGGAUUGACUGUUUGGCUUCAGGGUUGUGAAGUGGAACAAUCCUGGAAGCCCUGGAGAUGCCAUACUGCACAGCCUGCGAAGGACAAUGCUUGGUGCUACCUUCUGUCCUGCUCAGGAGCAGGCUAGAUACACUAUGGACUAAAUAUCCAGCUGUCCUCACCCCCCGGGGUAUCCCACCCCAGGAGGUGGCCACUGCAGGAGGAGAUUCCUACCAACAGAAGGAAUUUCAUCAUAAACACCGGCAAAGAAAACUGGGGGAUUGUUCCCAACAUGUCCAGGCUGACGAGGACUGACCCGGGGGUCCCUUGGACCAGAGGAUGGAGGCUGGAGAGACCAAAGACAAUUGCAGUUAUCCCCCAUUAUACCAAGAGACCUCUCAGCUAGUGCACAGCUACAGGACAGCUUAGUUUGGGCCAAAAAUUGAUAAAAUGGGGAAAAUGGAUUGAGGGAACCACUACCACAGGCUUGUGUGGGAGAAGUGCCCUGGGGAGAGGUGCAGACCCUGCCGGUGGCUGUGAGAGGGUCUCUCAUGCCCGGGUACACCCCAGCAGUGCCAGCGGGUCUCCAGAUUUGCUGCUGCUCUGUCCCCAGGGAGCACAACAACCACAGCUGGGGACAAUCACUCCCUGAUACUGCUCAGCUGUUGGCUGGUUUGCAGCUCUUUCUACUCUUCUUCCUCUGCCUCCUCCUCCUUCUUCUCCUCCUCCUCUCCCUGCAGAGGGGCCAGUCACAGCCAUGAAUCUGCUUGGCUGGAGUGCCCUUCCUUAAGAUUUAAGAUCUGUGGGAAGGCGAGGGCUCCACUCCCAGUGUGCACUUGCAGUACAGCCAGGAGUGAGUGAUCCCGGCUGUAAAUCUCCUGCCGAGGUGUUGGGAGGAUGACGCGUAGGGGACAGUGUGACCUGUGCUGGGUGAGUGUGGCUUUUGUCCUCCAUGGCUGAAGAGGAGUGGUGUGAUGGGUGCAGGUGUGCUCCCCAGGUCUGUAACACCCUGUCCAUUUUGGCAGGGGGCUGAUUUCUAUUUUAAAAAAGGGCAAGAGCGUGGUUCAAAAUGCCUCUCUGCAUUAAUGAGCCAGCACUGAGCCAAAGGCAUCCAUCCUAGUGCUUCCUGGUACCCGGGGGAGCUGGAAUGGUGCUGGAGCUGGGGUGGGGUUGGGAAUAGUUGCUUAAUUAUUUUUAAAUUUUUUUUCCUGUGGGUUUGGGGGCAUCCUGUAUAGGUUCUCUGCCACCCAAGGCUCUGCACAUUAAUCCUACUGUAGAAAUGGGCUGAGCAAUGUGGGAUGGAUUGCCCUGGGGCUGGUCCUGGGCAAAGUUCCCUCAGUGUUGUCAGCGUCUGUGUGAUGUGUCCUGACAGCUGAGCACCGGCAAGGGGCUGGAGCCCAAAUCUCUGGAGCUUUGGCUUGGAGCCCAUCAGGGACCACUGCCCAUGCUGGGUGCAAAAAGCAAAAGAGGCCCCUGAAUCUGCAGGAGUCUGCACUGGUGCUUCCUUGGGUGGUUGGGGACAGAGCAGGGAUGAAUCCAAGGCCAUUGACCCAGCUACUGCAGGAGCUGAGGUGAUUUCCCACCUGGUUUUGGCUAUUCUUUUGUGCCUCAGUUUCCCCAGUGGUGGAGCUCAGAGCUGAGCUCAGCGUGUCCAACCUGGCCGAUUGCCAACAUAAUUCCUCCCUUUCAAUCCUGUUUAUCUCAGACCCUGGGCUCUCCCAGCUGGAAGGGGUGGAGUCACCCCACUGCUGCCUGGUUCCCACAGCAAUUCCCCCUGGAGUCCUGAGAGCAGCCCUCAUCUUCCAGGAACACGAUUGGCUGCUGAGCCCCAAAACCAGGAGGAACAGCCUAAAAAUAGUCUGGGCUGGAAUAAGCUGGUUACUUAAUGGGAACUUUCUUCUCUUGAUGUGACAGCUGGGAUGGUGACAUGAGGAAGGACCAGGGAUGGGUGAUGAAGUAAAGCCACUUUUGUGGCAUCUUCCCAAAGGAUGGGGUCUCCAAGACAGACUCAUUGCCUUUGGUGCGGGAUCUGGGGGCUGGGAUGGGUGUGGGGUCACCCAGGAGCAGACUCGGUCUGCCAGGAGCUGCUGCCUCCUGCACAGCUGGGACAAGGGGUGGGGGUUUUAUUUAUUUGCAUCUGGAUUGCCAUGGCAUUUGUUUGCCUAGCAUUUUUCCUAGCUUGUAGCCAGGCAAAAUGCCACAGGCAACAUUACCACCCACCCUGCUACUCUGGCUGUGAGGUGGAUAAAGGCACCCUGGGUUUGGGACACUCACCCAGAGGGGCUUUGGGGAGCUUUAAGGAAAAUCCUUUCAGUCUCCUGGGAUGUCGCCAGACUGCUGAGCAUCGAGGUGGGUGUUUGCUGUCUCUGUGCCUGUACCCUGGGGAAAGAAGCUGAGGAUACUUUCCCUCGAGCAUUUUGGAUGGGGUUCCAGUGUCACCUGUGCUGGGGUGUCCCUUCACUAGUGAUGGCACCACUCCUGCCCAGCAAAGCACCAUGGUUUGGGUGGAUGGGCAAUAUGGGACCAUAUCCCUGGUGCCACUGAUGUCCCUGCAGUGCCCAGGACAGGGAUGUGCCAGAAGCCCCUUGGGAACCAUCAGCCCCAUGUCCCCUCCCUGUGGGAGUCCCAAGGCUGACGAUGGUGUUUCUGCCAGGACACACUGGUGCAGUCCAGCACAAUCCCAUACUGUUGUUGGAGCUGAUAGCUGUGGGACAGACUGGGACCCACAGGAGCUUGACAGAGCUUGGAGCUCCCCAGAUGAUGCUCAAUAGGGCCAAAAGUGGAGCAGAUGAUGACAUCUUGGCCAUUGGGAAUUGCUUCUGGUCCUUCUGGGGGCUUUGGUCCCACAUGUGACCACAAUGGGAACUGUUUAAAGGGUGGGAAAGCACCACAGAAAUAUUGGCCCAGGGCUGGGAGAGCUUUGGCACCAUCAUAGCUACAUUUGAGGGCUUUGGUUUAGGCUGGUAAAACCAAGUCACCAGAAAGCCAGGCUAAGGAGAGAGACCUGGAGGAAGGUGAGAAGGAGGAAGAGAAUUCAACACCAGAGAGAGAAUUUUGUUUGAAGAUUUAUUGAAAAAUGCAAUACAAGAAGCAAUACUGAACACUUAGGUCUGCCUAAACACUAUGGCAACUUUCCCUUUGAUUCACUAUGAAAAUCCAAAAUAACAGCUCCCAUCACUAGCUGAUCUAGAAAGUUUUGCCAACUUUAAAAGUUCCUAUUUUUAUAAAGAGUUGUAAAUGCCUAACCUAGACAAUUCACAAUUGUCUUAAAAAAUUUUACAGAGCUCCUUCAUCUUCUCAUCUAAAUCAUUUAUUUUUUUUAUUUUUACAAGUUUCAACUCUAAGGCUGGGAUGCUACCACCUCUUAAGGUAAUUGUACAAUUAGGAAAAUCAACAAACCACAGUUUAUUAAAAUCAGAAAUCAGUCAGUCCUUUGCUAACACAUCUCUGUUGGUCAGGGAUUGCUAUUGGGCAUCCGGAGCUGCCAUUCCAAUUUAAUGGAGAAGAACAAGAGCUCCCUGCCUUCCUUUCUAUAAAAACAUUCAUUCAUAUAUAAAUAGCUUCCAUAUAAUGCAUAUUAUACAAUCAAGACAGUCUCUGGGUGAAUUUGUGGAGUGGGAAGAGCUGGGAACAUUCACAUAAAUAGACCUUACUUAGCUGGUUUGUCCCUAGAGCUGACACAGCAGGCUCAGAGCCAAGGACUUUAAAUCCCACUAGAGGUGGAAGGGGAGUGGGCAGCCCCACCUUGGCCUUGGCUGAGGGUGCGAGAAGCUUCUUCUGCUUUUAACUUGUACCUUCUUCCCAGGCUCCUGUCCAGCUCCUGGCUUGGGCACCGUGUUGGCAGGAGCGAGGCUGGAAACCCCUGAGGUCAGACAGCAGGUGAUGGCAAAGGGCACAUGAGGCUAUGACUUGUUUGAAUUACUCCAGGAGAAGCAAGAACUCAGCAGGGGGAAGUGUGAAAAUGGACAACCUGGAAACAGCUACCCAAAAUCCAAGGAAAAAAUAAAAAUAGGGUUGUUCUGGUCUACAGGCCCUUUAACAAAGGACAUCUGCAGCAACAGUGAGCACAUCCUUCUGGAAAGGAACCACCUCUCCUACCAGCAGGUUUCUCACCCCAGAAAUCCCCUGCUUGGGGUGUUUUGUCCCACUCAUUGUGCUCAGGGCAUGAGACACCCCAAGGGAACACCCAUGGACCACAUUCCCCUAAAUUCUCCUGACAGCCAAGUGCCUUUAAGUGCUAUGGACGAACUUAAUUUGUCAUGCUGGCUCUGCCUGGUAAAGCCCAGAAAUCUUCUCAGCCACUGCUCCACAUGCCCCAUCACUCUUCAGAUGUCUGUUGCAAAUGAGAUGGAAGGACUGAGCGGCAAAGAACUCAAUUUCCAGAAAAAGGGCAGUGCCAGAGGGUGCUCAGCAUGAUGGGUGUUUAAGGCAAGCAUUACCCAACUAAGCUGAGGACAGCAGAGACACAGGCCUCUUCCAGGGCCUGCAUGGCAGAAUAGGGAAGGAAAGGGCUUUUCACACAUGGAUAGGAAGACUUAAAUUCUGCACUAUAGCCCAGGACUCCCUAAAUCCCCAGAGCACGAUGCCCUGAGGGAGGCAGAGCAUCCCAGGAGGGAAACCUGCACCAGAGCAGCCCAGAGGCAGCUGCUGGCAUGGGAAGGCUGGAGGCUGAGCAGGACCCAGGCAGCAAGGCUCAAAGACAGCCAAAAUCCAGCAGCUCCAGCAGAGUCUCCAAUCAAUACUGUCAGCUUAAUUAAAAUUGCACCUGAAGCUGAGAAGCUGCACCAGCCCCAGUGUAGGUCCAGGGCUGGCUGCAGCUAAAGAGUGGAGUCAUUGCAGCUGGAGUGAAAUCCAGUGACUUCUGAAAUACAUGAUUCAAAUUUAAAACUGGAGAGCUUUUCUCUUUAUUGCCAUUUAUUUUCCCAUCCUCAUCUGAGGAGCAGAGCACUCCUUGCCCUCAGCUACCACUGUGCCACACUAUAUAUAUAAAUAUAUAUAUAUGUAUGUAUAUUUAUACAUGGAAAAAAAAAAUCACAACCUCAAGUGGACUAAAGUGUUCACAAGUGUCUGGGCAGACUCUUUAGAGAGCUUGGUUGGUUUUUUGCUUCUUGAAUUUAAACGGUGGAAGGACAAACCAGGCAAGACCAUUCCCAUGAAGCUUAGAGAGCAGAAAUGGGAGCACAUCCAGCCCCUGAAAUCAUGUUUUUGCAUCAUCCCCUCUGUGCUGGAGAUGGCCCUGGGGGUCUGUAAGCUCAGCCUCAAGAUUCAGACAAACACCCUGAUAUUUCAUUCCAGCAAGGGGAUCAUGAAGCCAAAUCCAGACCCACAGGCCAGUGUGGAAGAGGGAAUGUCAACACUUCCCAUGUGGUUUGGCUCUAUCACAACCAGCAACACCUAACACCUAAAAUUCCUUGUUCAGCCUCUCCAAAUACAGCUUGCAGGCCUAGGAACGAUUGUCUAAAGGAAUUUAAAUUAAAUGCUAGUAGGAUACACACUCUGAGAAACGGGUAACGUGUUCACCUUUAAAUAGCACUGUGAGGGGAGGAAAAAACCCAACCCAUGACUUACAAAAAAAACCCAAAAAACUCCUCCCUAAUUUAAAAAUCAUGAACACAAACAAGUGAAAAACUAUGACAUUGAAAAGCUCAGUUACUGUGAAUGCUGCACAAGCCUACCUUAAUAGCAUCCCGAGUCCAAACACCUUAAACACACACUUCUAAGGGCUUUUUAAUUUAAUGGCAUCUAGAAAACACAAACAGGUGGGGAGCACUCAGCAGAGACACACGGGAAGAAGGCGAGAUGCUAUCCUCUUAAAGCUCUAAAAUUCACAGUAUAAGAUACUUGAAGCAACUUCCAGUAUUCCUUAAAUCUAGUCAACUAUUCAGAUGUGUGCAUAGGCUACACCACAAAACCCUACUGUGAUCACACGUCAGGGCUGGAACCCAGUGGGGAGGGAGCUCAGAGCAGCCCAGGGGUCGCAGCAGGGCUGGAGCUCCCCAGAGCUACAAAAAUAUUCUGGAGGCAAUUGGAAAUGCUGCACAAAGUCUGACCCUUUAAACUGACUCUCCUGGAAGAAGGACCCAUGGCUCUGUCAAUGUGCACACAGAGCCUGCCCUGGGAACAUGCACAGGACAGCUCCGUUAUCCCUGACGAGGCAGAGGGAACACAAGUUAAAACAGGGAGCCCUGGAGCCCUGUGAGGUGAGAUUCUGUGUCUGAAGAAGCUUUGCAUGAGAGGGAAUGCAAAACUGAAAACCUGUAAAAAAUACUAGAAAUAUUUUAGAAGUUAGAAAUAUGGCAUAUUUCUGUUGUAAUAGAUAUAAAAAAACCCAACAAAACAAAACCCUAUAUCCAAUAGGAUCUAGUGGACUCUGGAAAAAUCUCAAGUAAAAUGUCAAAGCGCAAAUCUUAAUAAAUGAUAAGAAUGUCUCUGAGUGUCAA